CCCACUUCGCAACCCCUCCAACUUUGAACAUCUACAUUGCGGUAUCUACCAGUCGCCCUUUCACAACCACACCGAACCCAAGCCUCGCGAUACCCACACACGACUCAACAUGGGCGCAAAGGUUCCACGCAACUUCCGCCUCCUUGAGGAGCUUGAGAAGGGCGAGAAAGGUCUUGGAGCAGAGGCCUGCUCCUAUGGUCUGAACGAUGCCGAGGACCUCUUGAUGUCCGAUUGGAAUGGAACCAUUCUCGGACCCCCUCACAGCGUCCACGAGAACAGAAUCUACUCCCUCAAGAUGCACUGUGGUCCCAACUACCCUGACGAGCCUCCCACGAUACAAUUUGUGAGCCAGGUCAACCUGCCCUGCGUCAACUCCCGCAAUGGCGUCGUCGACCCCAGACAGCUUCCUUGCCUGGCCAACUGGAAGAGAGACAACACCAUGGAGACCAUUCUCAUUGAGCUUAGAAGGUACAUGGCGGCUCCUGCAAACAAGAAGAUCCCCCAGCCUCCCGAAGGUUCUACAUACUAGUAGUGGCCUAUGUGCAUGAUUCUCCACGAUUCGCGAAAGAGGGUUUGGCUGGGUAGGUCGGGCUGAUUAUCGGUACACAUGGCAUGGGUAGUAUGGCUCAAUGAUUAUGACUUUCUUCACACCCAAAUUUCUCUCCGCUCAUUAUGCUGUGCUGUGAAGGAAGGCAUUGUGUCUUUGUGCUUUGAGGCUCUGAACAGAGUGAAACGGAAGAGGAUACCGUCAACAGCAAUGCACCUCUGCGGAUGCGAAACUCAGAUACUGGGC